AUGUCUGACGAGGUCGCCAAGCUAAAGUCUCAGGUCGAAGAGCUGCAACAGCUGGUCAAGAAGCAAAAUUUGUUGAUCAGCAAAACGGGACAGUCUGUCCUAGAAUUGCAAUUGGCAAAGCAGAAAACCGACGUUGAGGAGUUCGACUCCAAGUUUGCUGGUGCCAAGAGCGGCAAGCAUGCCGCCUCUCACGGAGACAACACUGACUACGCGACUAACGAAGAUCUGGUUCAACUGGUUGGUGAGCUUCAAGGUCAACUUGACUCGAUCGAAGAGAGAUCGAUCAGAAGACUGGUUAACUCAACCAAGUCCGAGAAAAGGGAUUACUUGGCACCUUUGCCAAAUGCUGAUGGCGAGAUCCCUAGCGCCACCGACAGCAUAUUCCCAGAAUCUCUCGAGGACUUUGAGAACAUCACUAACGUCAAACUCUUCAAGCUGGCCAAGUACUACGAGCUUUUGCCUCCUAGCUUGAAAGAGCAAGAAAAGUUCGAGGACUACUUGGAAGGCAAGCUAGACAAUUUUCAUAUUAACGACAUGACCGACGAAGAUGUCGAGAAGGAGCUCAAGAACUUCUCUGAAGACCAGUUGGUUGAAGCAUUCAACGAUGUCGCUAGAUACCUCGGUGUGAAGUCAAGAAGAGGAACCGACAUCUGGUAA